AUGUGGACCAAAAUUGUCGCAGCUAUUUACCUUGUAGGCGUCGUCGCCGUCGGCUCAGCUACGGGCAACUCCGCGGCCAACAGCCAGCCCUCGGACGGUGACGACGCGUACGACUUCAUCGUUGUCGGGGGAGGUAUAUCCGGAUUGGUGGUUGCGAAUCGGUUGACGCAAGACCGCCGGACUUCUGUGCUUAUCAUUGAGCGGGGCGACUUUGACAAUAAGCCGCAGGCCAUUAUCCCCUAUUACGCAAACCAGCUUGAUACGAGCGUCCUGAUGCGUGUCCCGUCCGCCCCUGAUGAAAAGCUAAACAACCUGACUUACUCGGUGGCUGCCGCCGCCGUGGUGGGCGGCGGCUCCGUCGUCAACGGCAUGGGUUACAACCGCGGCAGCAAAGCCGACUAUGAUGGUUGGGAAGCACUCGGGAACCCGGGCUGGGGCUGGGACGGCUUGUUCCCCUACUUCUUCAAGAGUACCACAUUCAUCCCCCCCAGUCCAGAGGCUACUGCGCGGUGGAAUAUCACCUGGGAUCCGUCGGCUUACGGCAACGGCCCACUGCAUCUCCACAUCCCCAACUUCCAGUACCCUGACGUGGCGACCUUUUGGGAUGCCUUGCGAAGCGAACCCGGUAUCGUCACUGGUGGAGGGUCAAACCUGGGAACUGGUGCUGGCGCGUACUGGAACCCAUCAAACAUCGACGCGCGAGAUAUGACCCGAUCCACGGCACGGAAGGCUUACUACGACACCGUCAAUGCCACACGCACGAAUCUGCAUUUGCUCCGGGGACACACCGCAACCGAGAUCCUCUUUACGCCUGGAGAGGUGCUAAGAGCAAAUGGGAUACGAAUUGUCUCGCGGCUUGACAACACAACACGUAACGUAUAUGCCAAAAAGGAGGUUAUCCUCGCCGCUGGUGCUCUGAUGACGCCGCAGCUGCUUCAGGCGAGUGGGAUUGGCCCGGCUGCUGUGCUCAACGCUGCGGGGGUUGAGGUUAAGAAGGAUAUGCCGGCAGUUGGGGCAAACUUCCAAGACCACCCGACUAUCUUCAUAACGUAUGCCCUGGUAAACCAGUCGUUUCCAAACUCAGGCAGCAUCACGAACAAUGCGACGUAUAACGAGACCGUGUGGGAGGAGUACUUCACCAACAAGACAGGUCCCAUCGCUGCUUCUACCGCCACUACCAUCUUGUACUUUACCCGUCCUCAGCUCGAAUCACCAACGGCGGCAGCGGCGCUCGUCGCGCGACUUCUGGCACAGAAGCCAGCCUCAUACCUUCCCUCCGUUUAUGGAGAGUCCGUCAAGUUGCUGCGUGGUUUCGAAGCGCAGCGAGCCAUCCUGGCGCGGCAACUGAACAGCUCGUCGGCCGCCAUCACCAUGUGGUCCAUCGCCGGCAGCGGCGGCGCAGCAGCAUCACUGUACAAGCCACUCUCACGCGGCACCGUCACGCUAAACCCGGCCGACCCGAACGGCUUGCCCAUCGUCACCUUCCACACCUUCAUGAACCCGGUCGACAGCGAGAACACUGUCGCCAUCCUCCGACGCCUGCGCGCCUUCUGGCGGAACCCCGCGCUGGCGCGCCUCGAGCCGUCCGAGGUUGCGCCCGGCCCGCAGUUCCAGACCGACGACGAGAUCUUGAGGGAGCUGACGACAAAUCAUGCCCUCCUUCGGCCGUCGUUGGCCCAUCCGUCCGGCACGUGCGCUAUGAUGCCAGAGCGGCUGGGCGGCUGUGUCGCGCCGGACCUCACUGUGUACGGCGUCCGCGGGCUGCGCGUGGUUGAUGCAAGUAUCAUGCCGCUCAUCCCGGCUGGUGGGCUGCAGGGGACUGUGUAUGCCGUGGCGGAGAAGGCGGCGGAUUUGAUCAAGGAACG